UCUUUUUCCGGACUGUGACGGGAAAAGCCGAAGACUCCCCGCUGAGACAGAUGGAGACGAUCCGUAGUUCCGAUGGAGGAAACCUGCAGCCCUCCAGCUGACUCUGGCUUCUCUUCUUAGCAGUUUAGUUUUUUAUUUACAGACGAAGGAAAAAGGCUGAGUUUAUCAAGAGAAAUAAGUCGUCUUGUUUCCCCUUCUUGUUUCAGAUUGGCAAAAGGAAGGAUAAAACUUAUUAAAGAAUCAUGGGGUGAGUCUGGCAUUUGAGGAUGAGGACGGUAUUCUGGUGAUGAAGGAGCGUCGUCAGAAAACUCGGACAUUUCACCAUGGUGAAGGAGGCUUUGCCCAGCUGGGUCCAUCAGGACUCUGAAGAGGGUCUCGUCCGUGUGAAUGUCGGCGGCCUGAAGAGGAGCCUCUGUUCUAGCACGCUGAAGAAAUUCCCAGACACCAGGCUGGGAAAACUGCUAGCCUGCGAUUCAGAGGAAGACAUACUGCAGGUGUGUGACGACUAUGACGUACAGGAGAAAGAGUUUUAUUUUGACAGGAACCCCGGUUUGUUCCCUUAUGUCCUCCACUUUUACCAGACUGGCAAACUUCACGUGAUGGAAGAACUCUGUGUGUUCUCCUUCAGUCAGGAGAUAGAGUACUGGGGCAUCAACGAGUUCUUCCUGGACACCUGCUGUAGCUACCGGUACCAUGACCGCAAGCUGGAGCGAGGCCGACACCGCAGCUGGGAUGACGAGAGUGACGUCAGCAGCGUCGACACAUCUGUGGACGAGAUUUCUGAUUUAAACAAGGACAUGCAGCAUUUCCAGGAGGUUCGCUAUGGGAACGUCAAGAAAUGUUUGUGGCUUACGCUUGAGAACCCAGGAUACUCCAUCCCCAGCAAGCUCUUCAGUCUGCUCUCCAUCGGAGUGGUGCUCACAUCCAUCGCCACUAUGUGCAUUAACAGCAUCCCAGAGUAUCAGACUUUUGACUCAGAUGGAAAGUUGGUUGAAGACCCAACCACACAGGCUCUGGAGGUGUUCUGUAGUUGCUGGUUCACCUUUGAGGUUGUGACGCGGCUACUGCUCGCUCCAAACAGGAGGAAGUUCUUUCAUCACCCACUCAACAUCAUUGACCUGGUGUCCGUGGUUCCCAUCUACAUCACCGUGAUCUUUGACCUGACUCUGGGAUCUGAGUCUGAACUGGGAAACCUGGGGCGACUCAUACAGGUGUUCAGGUUAAUGAGGAUCUUCAGAGUUUUGAAGCUAGCACGGCACUCUACAGGUCUGCGCUCUCUGGGAGCGACACUUCGGCACAGUUACCGUGAAGUGGGGAUACUGCUACUGUACCUGGGUGUCGGAGUGUCGGUCUUUUCUGGGAUCGCUUACACCGCUGAAUGUGAAGAGGACGUAGGUUUGGACACGAUUCCAGCCUGCUGGUGGUGGGGAACCGUCAGCAUGACCACGGUGGGUUAUGGAGACGUCGUGCCCGUCACGGUGGCCGGAAAGCUAGCAGCCAGUGGAUGCAUCCUGGGCGGCACGCUGGUGGUGGCUCUGCCCAUCACUAUCAUCUUCAACAAGUUCUCCCACUUUUACCGCCGGCAGAAAGCUCUGGAGGCGUCGGUGAGGAACAACAACCGCAAGAAGAUCAAGGUGACCUGCGACAACGAGCCGGAGGAGGACGAGGAAUCAGAUGGGGACAGUCGCUGCCUGGAUGAUGAUGAUGAUGAUGAUAUUGAUUACAUUGAGGAAGAUGACAUUGAUUUUGAGGACGAAGGAGGGGUGAUAAACUACAGCUAUGUGGAGCAUCCGUCUUACACGUCGACCCUGAGAAAGAAGGAGCUGUAUCAGCUGUAAAGAUCUGAAACUUUAUGACAAACUCUACCGUAGCUCAAGGAACUGAAUAUACCAUGAGGACAACGACUGACUCUAGUUUGAUCGAAGUUUGAUGCUUCAAGAUCAUUUAGGUGAAUGAGACAGGCUGUGAAAGGGGAAUACAGCGGAGCACACACACACAUUAUGGGGCUUCCAUGAAUUAUUGUAACUUGCUGCCACUGAAUGUGCAUGUGAGCAGUUUCAGGACUGAGCUUCGCUUACUGGAUUUGUUGCUCUGCUUGUUGAAAAUGAAAGUAAAAAACAAUCGAAGGACAAUGGCAGACCCCGUCUAAGCGAAUGUAUGUCGAAAAAGCAUGCGGCCCUGUAAUGUAAAUAAAAUAUACCAUUAAAAAUACUUUAAUUGCAUUUGUGAGCAAAAAGAUGGAGGACAUGUUUACCAUAAACAUGCCAUUUAAAUAUGUCUCCUGUUGUACCUAAACCUACAGGUAACAGCUGCUAGAUUCGCUUCAGCCAAAGUCAAAACAGGUAAACUAGCCUCACCUGUGAGAGAGACGAUUCAGCAGAAACCAUAAAUGCUUAUAAGAACAAGGAAGAUCAGUUGUGUUGGACUGAUUAUGUCUUUGUUGUUAAAAUAUUUACUGGCAAUGAAUAUUACACUGUUGAAAAGGUGGUUUAUUUCAGCUCAAACUGUGCCACAUUUGGAGAAAAAAAAAAUGCAUAUGCGGGUUAAGGAGCAGAUUGAGAAUGUGGUUUGCUGCAUGAAAAAUUCACCAAAUCCUCUCUGCCUCUCUGUAUUCUGCUACCAAUUCUUGUUUGAUGUCAGUUGUGGGUUUAAAUGAUUUAGGUUUGAAGAAAUGAGACAUAUUAUCCUCCCAAAAAAAUGUGUGGGAGAAUCGUACACCACCACAAACGUGUGGGUCACCCACUGACGCGGGAUGACAUCCAAGUCCUGGGCUAGCCUUUGUCACAAGUCAGCUAACGUGGUCGUGUUGGUCAGCUGAUCCCAAAAGCCUUCAAUAGGGUUGAGGUCAGGACUACUGACAGGCCAUUCUAAAAGUUAAAUCAAGUUAAAAGCUUCAGUUUCUGAUAAAUCCAGCCUUCCUCUGGGGCAAGUGUUAUUGUCUCAGAGGAAAGAGUUUGGGGGAAUAAAUUAUAUUGCCACAGGUAGAAUCUCAUCUCAAUAUUUCUCUACAUUACACUUAUCUCCAUUGAUCAGCCUUAUUUUUUUUCCAUGAGAAAGAUGCCACCUCACACCAUCAAACUGCCUCCACCUCUAGGUGUGUAGUAACAGCAGAUAUUUGGCAUGUUUUUAUGGACACAUCCCACAUGACACCUGAAUGCAUUUCCUGACAACACUCGAAGGGGAAAUAAACAGGAAGACCCUCGAACGUCACCCUUUUCCAGAAUGUUUCAGUGAAUUUCUUCGCGUGUGUACACCAGAUGGAAAUGAUUUGGCUUCCAUUAGGCACUUUAUCCACCUGCACGGCACCCUAAAAUCAAGAGCAGUGCUGAAGUGCUACCACUAAAGCAAACUGUAAAGAUAACCUGAAACAAGCACUGACAACAUUUUCUGAAAUCAUCAUCUGCAUGUCCAAAACAAAUACUGUUGGACCUUGUUAUUGUUGCCCUUUUCAUUUAUCUGAUGUGGUUUCACCUUUGUAUUGCCAUUCUUCGGUGCAUUCAGUGCUAAGUAGAAGUUUCUGAUGAUACCUUUUCUGGUUAAUCUAAUUUUAGGAGGUGUUGUUGAAGAGUUUGCAGCAUGCUUUGUGUUAAACUACCUCUUAGGUUUUACACAUCAGCUCUCUUUUCACCUCUGCAUAUAAUCCCUGUUAAAGAGCAGAGUUUUUGUGUUUUUUUAGGGAAUGGGAUUAUGGAGUGGUGAUGCUCUACUCCUGAAUGUGCUCUCUCUUCCUUAUGCCAACACUCCCUUUUGCCCUACCAUGGCAGCUGCUCACAGAUAAGCCUGGGAGAAAGUUGUAGUCUUCAUUUUAAUAAAGUUUUCAUGAUUUGUU